AUGCUUGGUGAGGAAUCUUCUUUGGACCUUGUUGAGAUACUUCUCAUUGAUUUUGCUCCAUCUUCAUCACGGAAUGAAUUAAAUGGAACAUCAACAUCCUGUGAUCAUCGAAUUUCAAAAUUCAGAGAAAAGAUGAGCCGAAGAGUGCUAAGAAAUCCUUCCUUGCCAUUCGAAAUGAAAUUUGAACGUGUGCACCCUUCAAAGAAUGAUAUCCAUCACACCUUUUCAAAUUUAUCAUAUCCACAAGAUAUUGAUAUCUCUUACAAUCAUUCGGUCAUUUUGAUUACUGAUUGUUUUAAUCAACGAAUAUCUGUUUAUGAUUUACAAACGAAACAUUAUAAAUUCGAAAUGAAACCACUUCCGAUCACCUAUCCAACGACAUUGUGCAUUGAAGAAAAUUAUGAUGGACAGUACAAUGAUGCAUUCAUUGUUGUAAUGAUGAGUGAUAUUGAGAGAGUGCUUUUUAAAUGUGAUUUGAAAACAUUGAUCUCACUGAAUGGAAAGCAAUUUUCAAGUAUUUUUCAAGUGAAUCAAUUCACUUUUCCAAGAGGAGUUAAAGUUUAUAACAAGAAAAUACAUGUCGUUGAUGAACGUUGUAUUAAAAUACUGAGCUCUGAUACUGGACAAUUGAUGGAGGUGGUGGAUUUAGAUUGGAAAGCGUUUGAUUUAGCAAUUAUUAAUGAUCACACAAUAGCAGUACUAUUCAGCGAAGGUACAGUGAACAGAAUUGAAAUACUCGAUGCCGAGCUUAAUUGGAGGACUAUUCGUUCGUUUGAACAAGAACUCUUCCACUGGCCAAAAUCAAUAGUAAUGGAUUCUGCAGCAAAACGAUUGAUUGUGUGUGAUCAUAAUAAUGGCAAAAUUUUUGUCUUCUCGUUAGAAGGACUAAUCUAUAUCUCAUCAUUUGGACAGAGAGAAGAACGAUCGAGGGACAAUUUAGAUUGUCCAACAGCCCUAUGCUUGAAUGAAAUGACUGGAGAAUUGUUUGUUGUGGAUGAUCUGACAAAUCAAGUACUGAUUUUCAAGUGA